AUGGCCAUCAAGCACAACAACCAGAUCCCUCACAACCACUUCCGCAAGGACUGGCAGCGCCGCGUCCGCGUUCACUUCGAUCAGGCCGGCAAGAAGAAGAGCAGGCGCGAUGCCCGCCAGGCUAAGGCUGCUGCCGUCGCCCCUCGCCCGGUCGACAAGCUGAGGCCCGUCGUCCGCUGCCCCUCCGUCAAGUACAACCGCCGCGUCCGCGCCGGCCGUGGCUUCUCCCUCGCUGAGCUGAAGGCCGCUGGUAUCCCCCGCAAGCUUGCGCCCACCAUCGGUAUCUCGGUCGACCCCCGCCGCCAGAACCUCUCCGAGGAGUCCCUGAAGGCCAACGUCGAGCGCCUCCAGGAGUACAGGAAGCGCCUCAUUGUCUUCCCCCGCCGCACUGGCACCAAGUCGGCCAAGAAGGGUGACGCCUCCGCUGAGGAGAUCAAGGCCGUCAAGGCCGGCGAGAACGUCAAGAACGUUGCCGCUACCUUCCCCGUCGUCCAGGACGUCGGCUUCUCCGAGGGCGCCAUCUCCGCCCACCCCGCCACCGAGAACGCUUUCCGCACUCUCCGUGUCGCUCGCUCUGACGCUCGCCUUGUUGGUGUCCGUGAGAAGCGUGCCAAGGCCGCCGCUGAGGCUGCCGCUGAGAAGGCCAAAUAG